AUAAAAUUAUUUUCGUAAUGCUCUAUCUUCGAUUACACAAAAAAAAUUUGGACAAUAUUUUGAAGAUUUUGGAGGUUCUGAAGUAAAUUUACCAGACUGCUAUAGUGUUGUUGUAAUACUUAAAUUUGUGCAAUAAUUAUCUUUGUGUAUCUUUUAAAUUUUUGUAUUAAGAUUCUUUUGUAAUAUUUUUGUUGUCUAAUUUUAAUUUUAAAAUAUUAUAAAUUUUAUUUUAAAAUUUUUAUUUAACUUUAUGUGUACAACUUAAAUUUAUAAAAAUAAUUAUUUAUGAGAUAAAAAUUUAAGGAAUAAAAAGGAAAACGAGAAAAUACUUGAGAAUCAUAAAUGUAAUGUAUAAUUAAUUGUAAGGAACAAAAUGCAAAUAAAAAGUGAAACUUAAAUAUGAAGUACUAUUCAAAACUUCAAAUUUGAAAUUUUAGAAUUAUUAUUUUUAAAGCAAAAUCUUUUUUAUUUGAAGUUAUAAAAUUAUUUCGGAGAUGCUCUUGUAGAGUACGUCGCUAAAAAUUUCUUAAUAACCUGUAAAAUAAGAUUUGUAAGUGUAUGAUUCAUAAUAUACUCCGGAGUUUAUAGUCUAGUUGUUUAUAUUACUAAAGUUGUUGACACGUUGUAUUGUUAAUUGAAUUCAGUUUCGAUAAAAUGUAUAGACAAAUAAAAUGUUAAAAACUAUGAUUAACAAAUCUUAUAGUUACUACUGAUGUUCAUUGUCUUUAGUUUACUUCCGUGAAACCUUCUUGGUCAAUGAUUGAAAAAUGGCAUUGUGUGGAAAAGAAAAACAAAGCCAGUCUCGAAUAACUAGAACGCAUCUUAUUCCUUUUGUCCAUUGACUAGAUUUAUAUGAUUUGAAUAUGCUUGAUUGGUAGAUUAAGUCAAACUAGUUUUGUUUUACAUACGUCAAACUAAUUAGAAUAUAUAUAUUACAAUACUUUAGUUCAUAAUUAAAAAUUACCAUAUUGAUCAACUUUCCCGGCCCCCAUAAAUUGGCAGUGAAACGAACCAAAAUCAGUCACUCGAAAGAUUUGCAAUAAGAAAACAGAAAUGGAAAGUUCGAGCACAGAACUCUAUUAUGUAUUUUUGAAAAGAGACCCUGAGUAUGAGCGUCUUAAAGAAAUCCGGACAAAGAAAGGUGAAGAAGAGUUGGACAGGUACCUAGAAAAGAGACAUGAGGAGAUUCUUGAAAGUAACCUUGAGCCUGGCUCUUAUAAGAGGACCGUUUCUCUUGUCGUUGUUCACGGUUUUGGUGUUGAGAUCACCAAGCACCAGGCCCAAGUGCUAAGAUCAGCCGAUGGGGUUUAUACGGUGGAAAAGAACGAAGAAAUUAAACUUGUGUCGAGUUAAGAAAUAAGAAAAGAGAAGGAAAUGUCAUUUCUAAAUUCUUUCUAGAAGAAUGAAUUAAUGUUGACAAUUAUGAUAAAAACAAUAAUGAUAGUAAUCUCUUAAAUAUAUUAUGAAACUUCAGACUUUGAAUCAUGAUAAUUGAUUGGUGAGAAAAGGUUAUAUAGUCGUAUUAAUCGAUGCAAAUGAAAUGUCAAAUCAUAUAAUUACGAUCUGCAAGGUAUGUGGUCAAACUUUCAUUUUCGUACUUCAAGUAUUUGCAUCUUUUGUUUUGGGCCAGUAAAUUAGACAUGGGCUUCAAUCAUAGCCAUGCUGAUCCGAUCCGAUCCUCACGGGAGCCCACAUGAAACUUCAUUUUCUUGUCCCACGCACGGUCGCAUCAACGUGGAAGACAAGCGUAUUACGUUCACUUGAUUAGUAUUAUAGUAUAGCCCAUAGAUUACAUAAGAGGAGAAUAUAUAUGUACAUUAACAAAAAAAUUCAGAAUCAUGUUUUCUCAUAGAAUAAGUAUUAUAUGGAUGGAAAGAUUGAUACUUCAGUUUUCUUCCCCGUCUAAACCCUUUUAAAAUAUAAAGAUUGAAGGUUAUGCAUUGCUAAAAAUGUGUAGUAUCUCCAAAUUAAACUCUGAAUUUGCGUUGGAAAAACAGCAUUAUUAUAUAUUUAUUUCA